CUUGCCCUUCUUCGUCGCUGUUGCCGCUGCCAUACACGCUCGCCCUACCCAGACCAAUUAUGGCAGAAAAUGAUGUGGACAAUGAGCUCCUGGACUAUGAAGAUGAUGAAGUGGAGACAGCAGCUGGAGGAGAUGGGGCUGAGGCUCCUGCUAAGAAGGAUGUGAAAGGAUCCUAUGUCUCCAUCCACAGCUCUGGCUUCCGUGACUUCCUGCUUAAGCCAGAGUUGCUUCGUGCGAUUGUUGACUGUGGUUUUGAGCAUCCAUCAGAAGUUCAGCAUGAGUGCAUCCCACAGGCCAUUCUGGGAAUGGAUGUCCUAUGCCAGGCUAAAUCAGGCAUGGGAAAGACAGCAGUGUUUGUGCUGGCCACACUGCAGCAGUUGGAGCCAGUUACUGGACAGGUAUCUGUGCUGGUGAUGUGUCACACUCGGGAGUUGGCUUUUCAGAUCAGCAAGGAGUAUGAGUGCUUCUCCAAGUACAUGCCCAAUGUCAAGGUUGCCGUGUUUUUUGGUGGUCUGUCUAUCAAGAAGGAUGAAGAGGUGUUAAAGAAGAACUGCCCACAUAUCGUCGUCGGAAUCCCUGGCUGCAUCCUCGCCUUGGCUCGAAAUAAGAGUCUCAACCUCAAACACAUUAAACACUUCAUCUUGGAUGAGUGUGACAAGAUGCUUGUACAACUCGACAUGCAUCGGGAUGUCCAGGAAAUUUUUCACAUGACCCCCCAUGAGAAGCAGGUCAUGAUGUUCAGUGCUACCUUGAGCAAAGAGAUUCGUCCAGUCUGCCGCAAGUUCAUGCAAGACCCAAUGGAGAUCUUCGUGGAUGAUGAGACGAAGCUGACGCUGCAUGGGUUGCAGCAGUACUACGUGAAACUGAAGGACAACGAGAAGAACCGGAAGCUCUUUGACCUUCUAGAUGUGCUUGAGUUUAACCAGGUGGUGAUCUUUGUGAAGUCUGUGCAGCGAUGUAUUGCCCUGGCCCAGCUCCUAGUAGAGCAGAACUUCCCAGCCAUUGCCAUCUACCGAGGGAUGCCUCAGGAGGAGAGACUCUCUCAGUACCAGCAAUUUAAAGAUUGUCAACGACGUAUUCUUGUGGCCACCAAUCUAUUUGGCCGAGGCAUGGACAUUGAGCGGGUGAACAUUGCCUUUAACUACGACAUGCCUGAGGAUUCUGACACCUACUUACAUCGGGUGGCCAGAGCAGGCCGAUUUGGCACCAAGGGCUUGGCCGUCACGUUUGUGUCAGAUGAAAAUGAUGCCAGGAUCCUCAGUGAUGUUCAGGAUCGCUUUGAGGUUAAUAUUAGUGAGCUGCCUGACGAGAUAGACAUCUCCUCCUACAUUGAACAGACACGGUAGAAGAUUCGUCCGUUGUGGAACAUGACAGUCUGUCCCCACUUCAGGAGACACCACCAGGCAUGGGGGUGAAGGAGACACUACUGCCACCCAGCCUUGACCCCUCCCCCAUGGCUUCCCUCUUUUGCAUCACCACCACUCCUGUAUCCCUGUACCUGAUUUGUCAGAAUUUUUUAACAAAACUAAAAAUGAAACAUGUGUC